GUCAACUCUGUUAUUUCCCACAAUAACACCUCGUGGCUGUGUCCACUCGGGCGGCUGGGCUGACGCGAGGCUGAGCACCUCUUCUGCUUUUAGGAGAAACUUUGCAUCAGCACUGGGAAACAAUCGGGAACAUGUGGUGCAAAAUCAUCAAGCUCCUGCUCCUUCUGGGCAUAUCCGGUUUGAGCUGGUGUGCAGUCCAGCGACCAGACUACGAUGACACGGCCACCCCGGAAUUCCUUAACCCGUCCUGGAUGGCAAGCAUCCCAGACGAGCGGCCCCUGUCCGAGCUCACCAUGCCUGGCACCCAUAACACCAUGGCACUUUACGGCGGCGUCUACGCCGAGUGCCAGACGUGGAGCCUGAGUUCGCAGCUGCGCGCCGGCAUCCGCUUCCUGGAUGUGCGGGUGCGCCACGUGAAGGGCAACCUCACCAUCCACCACGGGGUGGCCUACCAGCACACCCACUUCGGCCACGUGUUGGAGGGGGUGCAAGACUUCCUGGCCAGUUACCCAAGCGAGACGGUCCUGAUGCGCGUCAAGGAGGAGCUGAGCGAGACCGAUAACAUCUAUGGGGCAGUGGUGGAGCACGUACGGCGCUACGCCCGAUGGGAGAUGCUGUGGCACAGCCGUCUGGUGCCCACCAUGGGCCAGGCGCGAGGUAAGCUCAUCAUCCUGCAGGACUUCCUUGGGCCGGACUUAGGGAUGCGCUACGACUCCUUGGACAUCGCUGAUGACUGGAAGGCAUUCAUGUUCUCAAAGGUUCCAACACUCCUGCAUGUGGAGGAGAAGUGGCAGAGUGUCUACGAACACUUGGAGAUGGCGCCCGUGGGGAACAAGGACCAGAUCUUCCUCACCUACAGCAGCGGCACUGGUAUCUUCGCCGUUCCAAGGGCUGUGGCACAACGUGUCAAUCCUCAGCUGUAUGACUACUUGAGGGCCAAGACCGACCUGAACCAGCGCUUUGGAAUCAUAUGCAUGGACUUCCCCGCUGCUCCCUUGGUUCAAACCAUCAUUGACUUCCAGCUCAAGGCAGGAAUGGAGAAUGCAUCGUUGAUGCAGCCUGCCUUGCAAUUCUAAUCACGAAUAAACCCAAAGGAGAACUAAUCCCUGUUUUAAACACC